CGGGGCGGGGCGCCGGGCGGGAAGAUGGCGGCGGGGGCGCGGUGAGGCGUUGGUGGCGGCGGGGCCUGCGCGGGCGGACGCUGAGAGGAUGGCCCGCCGCGGCGGCCGGGGGUAGCAGGCACCCGGCGUGGAGCGAGCAUGACGGGCCCGCACGAGCUGGCGUGGCGGCUGCUGCACGCACUGCUCUGCCUGCACCGCGCGUUGUCAGCCCGGCUGCGCGCCCGCUUCGGCGCCUGGACAUUGGCCUGGAGGCGCUGCUGCCGCGCCGCUGCCGCCGUGGUCCUAGCGCCGCUCGGCUUCGUGGCGCGCGAGCCCCCGGCGCCCGGGAGGCCCCGGCGCCAGGUCGCCAGGGCCCGCGUUGGCCUGGCCCGUCUGCGCUGGCGCUCGGACGGCCGCGCGCUGCGGAAGCUGCCGGUGCACAUGGGGCUAGUGCUGGCCGAGGACGAGCGCAGCCUGCCCGACGUGGCGAGCCUGGUGGUGUGGGCCAUGGCUGUGGGCAUCUCGUACAUCAGUGUGUACGACCACCAAGGUAUUUUCAAAAGAAAUAAUUCCAGACUGAUGGACGAAAUUCUAAAGCAACAGCAGGAACUUCUGGGCCUAGAUUGUUCCAAAUAUUCACCAGAAUUUGCAAAUAGUAAUAACAAAGAUGAGCAAGUUUUAAAUAGCCAUUCGGCAGUGAAGGUGCUGUCCCCCGAGGAUGGGAAAGCCGACGUUGUACGAGCUGCUCAGGACUUCUGCCGGCUGGUCGCCGGGCAGCAGCACAGGCCUGAGGACCUGGACGUGGACAUGUUGGACAGUUUGAUUAGUGCUAAUAAAUUCCCUGAUCCUGAUUUAAUAUUGAAGUUUGGUCCUGUGGACAGCACAUUAGGUUUUCUUCCCUGGCAAAUCAGACUGACCGAGAUUGUCUCUUUGCCUUCCCACCUAAACAUCAGUUACGAGGACUUUUUCUCUGCCCUCCGCCAGUAUGCAGCCUGCGAGCAGCGCCUGGGGAAGUAGAUCCCUGCUGCUCCUUGGGGCUGGGGGAGAAGAGGACCCUGGGACUCUGAUGUUUACAGAUACCUGCGAACCCUGUAUCCACCUGUUCGUAUUCCUAAUUUAUCAGCAAACAUGAAAAAGUGUCUUACUUGAGAUGUGUGAGUGAGAGAGUGUGUGCGUGUGUCUGUGUGUCAGUGAACUUAUAAAUGGGGGAAGUGUUGGAGCGUGGAAUGAACCGCAGCCAUCUUUCAGGAGCGGCGGUUUCGGCUGUGAAGUCUUCAGGCCUUGCCACUUCCCUGUUUUGAGGGGAGUGGAGGAGUGGGUCAGCAGUUUCAGUGGUUGUUUGGGGGAAGGGACUCAUUUUGUUCAGUCUUUCCUGGUGACCAAACUUUAAUUUCCAAGAAUAGCAUUGGAUGCAGUAAACAGCACCCCUUGAUGUGAGGGGGCUUCCAAGAAGCAGGGCCAGGUGUGCCAGGUCCACACAUCCAUCCACACUCGUCCUGGACUUCACCGCAGCUGGGCAGGGUGACAUGGCAUGGAGUGGAGCGUCUGUGUCUCUGGAGUCUUUGCUCCUGUUGUGAAGAACAUUUGAAAAAGAACUUGUAUGAAGAUGCAAAGGUGUAAAAACUUAAACAUUGCAUUAGGCAGCAAAAACAAAAAUGAAUAAGGUAUCAUAAAAGUAAAAGUGGAAUUUUCCUUCUGGGAAAACCUUGAUUUGUUUGUGGGUAAGCAGUGUGCUGUGUAGCACCCAAAGUUAGUAACCUAUUUCCACAAACUGUUGUGAGCAUUUAGAAGACAGAGCAGCACUGUCCCUCAAAAGUAACUUGUACCUCUUUGGUAUAACACGUGGGCUUUAUUCCUCAAGCCUGAUUGGUGACAUUGUGUGAACGAUUAAGGAUUGAGGCCUGUGUGGAAAAUAAAAUAUUAUCAAAAUCUACAGAAAUAAUUGAAUCUUAUAGGCUGUCUCUUGUGAAAGAGAAUAGCACUGAUUCUAUUAGUUUAAAAUGAAUACACUACUCCUUGGAGGGUGUUAGUAUAUUCAUGGGCAACCUGGGACAGCAGCAUUCUUCAUAUUUGAGGACAGUUUUUGGGUUACUGUCUUACUCCAGAUCCCUAGUGGUCAGCUAAAACUGUGCACUGAGUAUAGUGGCCCACACACUAGGGCUCAGAAGAGAAGACUGGAUUUGGAAAGCACGAUUUGGAGUUGCUCCUCAGAUUCUAAAGUAGUAAAGAAUAAGUGUUUUGUCUUUGGAUUAAAAAACCCCAUUUAUGAUUUUAAAAAUACCCUUGAAAUAAAAACGAUUAAACUAAAUUUUGGUCCAGUGACAUCACUUUGCACUUCAUAGUUUUUUUUUUUUUUGUAUUUUUUUAAGUCUUAAUUUAUUUCCAAGUUAUAUGUGAUGCGACAGCAUCUCUAAACUGUUAGAAAUGUCCUAUUUCUGUUACUUUGUACUGUGAUUCAUGUCCUGUUGAGUAUUUUACUUUAACCCUUUUAUAAACACAAUAGGUAAUGAAAAUGUCAUUUAUAAAAAUUUUGCAGUGUGUACAGCUUUAGCAAAUUAAAUUUAAUGGACCCAAUUGAAGUAUGGAUUUAAAUGUUUGUUAAAAUGAAGCUAAAUAAAUUUCUUACUGGGAUAUAGUCCAGAUCUCCACAGGAUUUAGUAUGAUUUUUUAAUUUUUCUUCUCUUUCAUAGUAGUGUAUGUCAAAACAGCUGUAGUCCAUGUUCUCAGUCUGUCUCAGACAAGUUCACACAAGCCUUUCUAAAACCUUCUCCUGAAGUGCGCCUGCUAGUGCAGUCUAUGGUUUGAACAGCAUUGCUCGUUCUGGAAUUCUGGCAAGACCCUCCCAAUUUCUCCAUUGUCGGGGCUCCCUUUGUGCUCCUCAGAGUCAGUUGUUUAUGUAUAUCGAAGGUGUUGUAUUUAAAUUGUUUCUUCUGAUUCUCCCCACAACGGAUAAACCAAAUCCAGCCCACUACCUGCACGGCAGUGUGGAGCAGAGCAGGAAGGGAGGAUCUGAAUUCCAUUCUCAGUUCUAGGCGUUUCACUUCUUUUUAACUAAUGGGUUACUGUUGUAAAGAUGAAAGGCUGAUUUUGAUACGAACAGCAAAUUCUGGCUGAAGAUGUUUAAUAUUAACAGUGCCAAAUACACUGUGUAUAAUCUUCGAAUGUAUGUUAAUCAGCUCCUCCUGUGGGAUAGAACCAUGCCUAGACUCAGAUCUUUGUGAUAUUUUAUAAGGUUGUAGACUGGCAACAUGUAAGUAGUGUGUACAGCAAGUUUCUAUGAUUAGGGAAUCAAAUUUAUUGAAUUUUAUUGAAAAUCAAAACAAAAUGUGUGAAAACCAGUAAGAGAAUAUACUCUUCAUGGACUGUAGUAUGUGAAAUGUUAACAGUUACUCUGAACAUGUAGGGACUGCAAAAAAAAUUUGAGAAACUCCUAUGACUAGAUAGCAGUACUAUUUUUUUAAGAUAGUAUGCUCUUGAUUGAAAUGUAUUUGCAUUUUUAACAGGUUAAACAUUUGAAAUCGUACAAUGCUAUUUCCUUUUUGUUAGAUAAUGGUAAAAUAAAAUUCAGCUCCACAAUUAUCAGAAUUUUCAGACUUCCCCAAUAACUACAAAUCUGAGUUAUUUUCAUUGAUGUGGAAUUGACAAGUUAAAAACAUACACAUAUACACCUUAAAAAAGGAAUUCAAUAGCUCUUAUCAAACCAGGAAAUUGAAAAGAGCUGUAGGUUGUCUUAUGCUGCAUAUUCACUGUUUAACUUGAAGACCUUAUUAUAAAACAGUUGGUUUUUUGUGCAUGGUUUUCACCCUAAAGUUUGUCAAAGGUCACAUUUUAACUCUGGGAAAUGUUUUUAACAAAAAUUAUUUAGAGGUUUAAGGAUAGUUUUAAAACAAACCCAGGAAGUAAGAUUAUUGUCAGCAAUUGCCCAGGACCCUAGAUAACUCUGUACUGAUAAAAUUGGUGGAAAAGAGGAAUGCAGAAAGAACGUGUAAGGUUUUAAAAAAUUACACAGCAACAGGAUUAGAAUAACAAAUACAGGAAAAUCACCUCAUUGAUUACAUUUUUGCUGACAAUCCUUCCAGAAUUUUUUUGUACUUUUAUUUUAAAAAAUGUAUCCUGUAUCUGUUUUAAUAAAUUCUUUUAAAACUAAAA